CUCAUUAUAGGAUAUAAACUACACAGUAAGUUCAACUUUUCAUUCAGAAAGUUUGACAGCAGCAUACAAAAUGGCUUUCAAAAUUGCUUUUGUUCUACUUUUGGCGCUUUGUUGUAUUCAUGACGUAAUUGGCAAACCUGCAGAAAGCAUUCACAAUGAAAUUGCAUCUCAACGAGAAGAAAAAGCUUGUUUGGAUUUCUUCCUUACAAGGGGUUUGAGUAAUUUGGUUUAUAGAUUCACAAGACGGGUCAAAAUUCGUUUUUUGACGAAUUUCCUUGAGAGACAUUUUGUUUGUGAUAGUACGUUGUAUUCGUCAAGUGAAGAAAAGUCUUCUGAAGAAGUGUCAAAUGAACAUGACAGUGUCGAAAAUAGUAGUGAAUCUGGAGGUGAAGAAGCAACAACUGUUGCAGGAACUGAUGAAGAAGAAGUUACAACAGAAGAUAAUAAAAAUGGAAAUGAAGGUACAACGGAAGCAGGAAAUGGUUCAAAUGAUCAAGACGAUGAAACCACUACCGUUGCAGAAACUGAUACCGAUGAAGUAACAACAGAAGAUAAUAAAAACUCAAAUGAAGAUACCACGGAAGCAGGAAAUGGGUCAAAUGAUCAAGAUGAAGAAACUACAACUGUUUCAAAAACUGAUGAAAAUGAAGUGACAACAGAAGCUAAUAAAAACUCAAAUGAAGACACAACUGAAGCAGGAAAUGGUUUAACAGAUCAAGACGAUGAAACUACAACUGUGGCAGGAUCUGAUACCGAAGAAGUGACAACUGAAGAAAAUGAAAACAAAAAUGAAGAUACAACUGAUGCAGGAAAUGGUUCAACAGAUCAAGAUGAAGAAACUACAACUGUUGCAAAAACUGAUGAAGAAAAAGUGACAACAGAAGAUAAUAAAAACUCAAAUGAAGACACUACUAAAGCAGGAAAUGGUUCAACAGAUCCAGAUCAAGGAGACUCAAAUAAUUCGGAGAAACCUGAAGAUGGUAACCAGGAAACUACAGAAAAACCUGCUGAAAGUACCACUAAACCCGAUGAAACCGAUUAUAAUAACCACGUCACUGGAACUCCCCAAACUGAUGAAGAUAUAUUGAAUAAUUUCCUGGACUUUAUUAAUUCACAGCAAUAAUUAACAACAAUUGUAAUUAAUAAAUAUGUCUUCAUAUUACAAAUUA